CGGAGGAUAGGCGCUUGCUCGCUGCUUCCCUUGCAUGCCACCUCCUCUGAUGCUCUCAGCCAGGGCGCCUCCCCACGCAGCAGCCGCGGCAGGAGGAAAGCCGAGGAGAGAGGAGGGAGGGGAAAAAGAAGGAAAACACUUCUGCCUCCAGUCCCGCCUUUGCCCGGGAAACUGAAGCCGGCGCUGCGCCAUCAUCGGCCAACGAGCAAAGCUUCCCCAAGCGAGCGACUCUCCCUUUGCAGCAGCGGGCGCCUAGACGAGCCAGGAUGGCCGUUCCCUUGACCGACAGCGAGAAAAGAAAGCAGAUCAGCGUGCGGGGCAUAGCCGGCCUGGGCGACGUGGCCGAGAUCAGGAAGAGCUUCAACCGGCACCUACAUUUCACCCUGGUCAAGGACAGGAACGUGGCCACCCCGCGGGACUACUACUUCGCCUUGGCGCACACGGUCCGCGAUCACUUGGUGGGGCGCUGGAUCCGGACCCAGCAGUAUUACUACGAGAAGGAUCCCAAGCGCAUUUACUACCUGUCUUUGGAAUUCUACAUGGGACGGACCCUUCAGAACACAAUGGUGAAUUUGGGUCUGCAGAAUGGCUGUGAUGAAGCCAUUUACCAGCUUGGGUUGGACUUGGAAGAACUGGAGGAGAUUGAGGAAGACGCUGGCCUGGGCAAUGGAGGACUGGGGCGUCUGGCAGCUUGCUUUCUGGACUCUAUGGCGACGCUGGGGCUCGCAGCCUACGGUUACGGAAUCCGCUACGAAUUUGGCAUUUUCAACCAGAAAAUCGUCAAUGGCUGGCAGGUGGAAGAAGCCGACGAUUGGCUGCGUUAUGGCAACCCUUGGGAAAAAGCCCGUCCAGAAUACAUGCUUCCUGUACACUUCUAUGGCCGGGUGGACCACACUCCGGAUGGUGUGAAAUGGGUCGAUACUCAGGUUGUACUUGCCAUGCCUUACGAUACGCCUGUUCCGGGAUACAGGAACAAUACGGUGAACACCAUGAGGCUGUGGUCAGCCAAGGCACCCAACGAUUUCAAUCUUGAAGAGUUUAAUGUCGGUGAUUAUAUCCAGGCUGUGCUGGAUAGAAACCUGGCAGAAAACAUCUCCAGAGUGUUGUACCCAAAUGAUAACUUCUUUGAAGGGAAAGAGCUGCGUUUGAAGCAAGAGUACUUUGUGGUCGCCGCCACUCUCCAGGAUAUCAUACGGCGAUUCAAGUCCUCCAAAUUCGGGUGCCGCGACCCCGUGAGAACCUGCUUCGAGACCUUCCCUGACAAGGUUGCCAUCCAGCUGAAUGACACCCACCCCGCCCUCUCUAUUCCUGAGCUCAUGAGGAUCUUUGUUGAUGUGGAAAAAAUGGACUGGGAUAAGGCCUGGGAAAUCACAAAGCGAACUUGUGCGUACACCAACCACACUGUGCUGCCUGAAGCCCUGGAGCGCUGGCCUGUCUCUAUGUUCGAGAAACUGCUGCCAAGACACUUGGAGAUCAUUUAUGCUAUCAAUCAGAAACAUCUCGACCAUGUGGCGGCCCUCUUCCCAGGAGACAUUGACCGCCUCCGAAGGAUGUCCGUGAUAGAGGAAGGAGACUGCAAGAGGGUCAAUAUGGCCAACCUGUGUAUCAUUGGCUCCCAUGCAGUCAACGGAGUGGCCAGAAUUCACUCGGAGAUUGUAAAGAGCUCUAUAUUCAAAGAUUUCUACGAAAUGGAGCCGGAGAAGUUUCAGAACAAGACGAACGGCAUCACUCCAAGGCGGUGGCUCCUGCUUUGUAACCCGGGACUCUCUGAUGUCAUUGUGGAGAGAAUUGGGGAAGAUUUUCUAACGGAUCUAAGCCAGCUCAAGAAGCUGCUAAGCUUUGUCAAUGACGAGGCCUUCAUCAGGGAUGUCGCCAAAGUUAAACAGGAGAACAAGCAGAAGUUCUCAGCCUACUUGGAAAAACAGUACAAGGUGAAAAUCAACCCUGCCUCUAUUUUUGAUGUGCACGUCAAAAGAAUUCAUGAAUACAAGAGGCAGCUCCUCAAUUGCCUGCAUAUCAUCACACUCUACAACCGCAUCAGAAGGGACCCAAAAAAGUCCUGCGUGCCAAGAACAGUUAUGAUUGGAGGAAAGGCUGCCCCCGGCUACCACAUGGCAAAAAUGAUCAUCAGACUGAUCACGGCCAUUGGAGACGUCGUCAAUAAUGACCCUUACAUAGGCGACAGGCUGAAAGUCAUCUUCUUGGAGAACUACAGAGUGUCCCUUGCUGAGAAAGUGAUUCCUGCUUCAGAUCUGUCUGAGCAGAUCUCCACCGCGGGGACUGAGGCUUCAGGGACAGGGAACAUGAAAUUCAUGCUGAACGGAGCCCUCACCAUCGGGACCAUGGAUGGCGCCAAUGUAGAAAUGGCUGAGGAGGCCGGAGAGGAGAAUCUCUUCAUCUUUGGCAUGCGGGUGGAAGACGUGGAGGCGAUGGAUAAGAAAGGGUACAACGCUAAGGAAUACUAUGAGAGGAUUCCAGAGCUCAAACAAGCUGUUGACCAAAUUGGCAGCGGCUUCUUCUCACCAGAUGACCCCGGGUGCUUCCAAGAUGUCGUUGACAUGCUGAUGUAUCAUGACAGGUUUAAGGUGUUUGCCGAUUAUGAAGCCUACAUCAAAGCUCAAGGGCAAGUGGACAAGCUCUACAUGAAUCCCAGAGAGUGGACUAAAAAGGUAAUCAAGAACAUUGCGUGCUCUGGCAAGUUUUCCAGUGACAGGACAAUUACCGAGUACGCCAGAGAAAUCUGGGGGGUGGAGCCCUCUGCCGUGAAGAUUCCUCCGCCCAACAUCCCGAGGGAGUAAGUCCGCUGCAAGAGGUGCAUGCAAACGCCCUGCUGCUCUGGCACUUCCUGCUUCCCAAUGAAUAUUCCACAGAUGAAUUCAAAACGUGCAUUUUACCACCCGCUGGGCUUCUCAUAUAUUUAUAAAAGGCAUGGUGGUUACUUGAAAACGGAGGCAAACUGGUGCUCUGCAGCCAAUAAGCGUUGACCUUGUUGGCAGUGAUAAGAUUCUGAGCCUAAAGCAGGGCGCUUGAGUGAGGAAGGUGAGAUGAGGCCAUUCUCUCCUUUAAAACCCCUAUUUAACCAAUGCAACCUGCAUGCGUGUUCUGUAUUAUUGAGACGGUACCCGACUGCCCAGGCCCUUUUCCUCCCAUGCCAGGCCAGCCUGUUUAGUCAGGAGAUGCUUAUGUCUGUUUGGGGGGUGGAAACUGCAAAGACAAGAGUUGGGUGCUGUCAAAUGACUUACUUUGAACAAACAUGUGCUGCCCUCUGUCGGGAGGUUAGGCUGGAACUCUUCAAUGACCCCCCAAAAUAGAUGCACUUUUCAGAUAUCAUGUUCUGAAGAAAUUUCCAUCCUUCCUGUUAUUAGACGCCCAAACGGUUGUUAUCAACCUGCUCCAGUUUUAAACUGUCAAUUUGCAUGUGCUGAGCUCGUGUUUUUUUUAAUCGAGAAGAUCUCUCUCUAUAUAUAUCUAUAUGGAAACUUCUGGCAACAGGACACCCAAAGAACACCUGGGGUUUAACAAGGAUGCUAUUUAAGCAGUGCUGAAAGGACUAUUGCUGUCAUCUAGAGUGCAGACCAGCACAAAUGAACAUGGAGCUACUAGAGAAAACCUGUAGUCCCCUAGAUACUUGGCAGUCUUCAAAAAAUCCCCACCAAAAAAGCCAAGAUGCUGUUUUGAGCCUUCAGGUACACCACCAUCUGUGGUUUGUAGGCUCCUUUUGGCUUAGUGGGUCAUCAGUAGUGCAGCUUUGAUGCAGAAGUUGCAUUUCCUACAGGGGGGUGGGGAACCUGUGGCCCUCCAGAUGUUGGACUGUCAACUCCCAUCAUCCCCAACCAUUGGCCAGGCUGACUGGGGGCUGAUAGGAGAUGGAGUCCAGCAACAUCUAGAGGCCACCAUAUAGUCCAUCCCUGUAUUACACUCCAGUGUAGAAGACCACACCUGGCAAUACAUGCAGCUAGCUUGUUGGAGUCACAGCUCCACUUCCAGCCCAGUGGCCUUCAUUCAUCAGUUAUUGUUUCAGGGUCUCACAUUCCUCCCUUAUUAAAAGAAAACGACACCUAUCGUUUGAUUCCUUUUGAGUUUUAAUUUCAGAUCAUACCAUUAGUUUUCCUGGCACCUGAGCCAGCCCUUUGCAGCCUGGGCUGCUAAAUAAGUGGUUGCUCAUUUCUAAGGGCUGGAAAAGCGGCUUGGUCCCAGCUGGGCAUGGACUGCCAACUCAACAUGCACUUUAAUGCAGAAUACCAGGACCGGAAAUGAAUGUAUGUUAUUAUAUAAAAUUCCAGAACCAGAGGGUUCAUUAAAAGUGCUAGUUCCUUUCCCCCCCCCCAGAAAUCACCAGUAAAUAAUUGUAUCUAGUUAGUAUUAAUUUGAAGAAAUGCUGAAACACAUGUCGUAUGAAAUGACCACCCACAUAUAUUUUCCACUUCUUAUAUGGGUCUUAGUGGCCCUACCAAAAAACUUGAUUGGCGUUAUUAAAGUUGACCAUCUCUUUUGACGUGGUGAUGCUUAAGCCAAUGCAACUAGAAUUCUCUGGGUAUUGAA